AUGGCCACCCCGUCAAGUGGGAGAACUCACACCAAACUCACGGGCACCCCCGACUAUGACGACCCGCAGUACUGGGAUACGAAGUUUGCGACCGGCCGAGAUGUCGGCGAAUGGCUCAAUCCCGGCGAGUCGCUCGUCGACGCCGUCGUGUCCGACUUGGAGACCCGAUCGUCGUUUGCCGUCGACGCGACGCCUCGCGUGUUACAUCUAGGCCCGGGGAUAUCUAAACUCGGGCUGAAACUUCGCGAUGCAUUCACAAAGCGUCAGUGGCCGGGUAAUGGCAUUGUGAACGUCGACUUUUCCGCCGAAGCCGUCCGCCUGGGCCGAGAAGCUGAAAGCAAAGAGGAUGCCUCGCAUGCGAUGCACUGGCUACGCGCAGACCUGCGGUCGUGGGACGACAUGUCGGCUCUUUCAUCGCUCGGGCCGUUCGAUGUCAUCCUGGAGAAAAGCACUAGUGAUGCGAUCGCGACUGGCCCUUCGCCUUGUUUCUCGCCGGAGACAGCGCCGGCCGAUAUCUGUCCGACCGUGCGACGAAUUCUUGAACAUAAUGGCGUGACGACAAUGUCUCCCGUCGAGCUGCUGGGAUUACACCUGGCUGCGUUGACAAGGCCGGGUGCUACGUGGGCUACCUUGUCUUAUUCGGCGAUGCGGUUCGACAAUUUAGGCCUUUUGACUGAGUAUUGGGAGCAGGUGUCGCGUACGCCGGUGAAGGCGCCGCAGGGCGAGACCUCGGCGUUUGCGUUCACUCCGGAAGUGUUUCACUGGAUAUACAUUUUGCGACGUCGGUAG